AUGUCUAACUUUGAAGACAAUCCAUUUAGUGAUCCUGCCAUAGACAAUCCUUUUGCCGAUCCUGCUGUACAGCAAGUAGCCAGAAACACUAGUUCUGCAACACAAGGUCUUGACGACUACAACCCAUUUGAUGGCCAGCAAAAUGCUAAUCAAGCUACGGUACCACAGCAGCCAACACAGCCUGCAAUUAUGCAGGCAGUGUCACCACCAGCUGGGGGGCAGUACACAAGACCUGGUCCUACUUCUCAAAACCAAGGUCCACCAUCAGACUUUACUACAGCAGAUUUUCAGAAACGUCAAGAGGAAUUAGAACGUAAAGCAGAAGAACUAGCCAGACGUGAAGCAGAAUUAAGAGCAGGGUCAGCUGGUCGAAGAAAUAACUGGCCUCCCCUACCUGCAUUUUGUCCUGUUCAACCAUGCUUCUAUCAAGACAUCAAUGUGGAUAUUCCUCUUGAAUUCCAAAGAGUUGUCAGACAUCUUUAUUAUUUGUGGAUGUUUCACUCGCUAGUUCUAGCCUUGAAUAUUGUUGGAGGAAUGGCACUGAUGUUUACUGAUCAGGGUCCAACACUAUUUGGAUUAUCUAUAUUGUACUUUGUGAUGCUGACACCAUUCAGCUUUAUAUGUUGGUAUAGACCGAUAUAUAAAGCAUUCAGGAGUGACUCAUCUUUCAAUUUUAUGGUCUUCUUCUUCAUAUUUCUGUUCCAAAUACUCAUCACUGUCGUCCAGUCUAUUGGAUUCCUCGGCGGAGGCUCGUGUGGCCUUAUCACUAGCAUUGAGGCUUUUGGAAAGAACGUGGGUUCCGGCGUCGUCACUCUGAUUGUCACCAUUGGCUUCAUCACCUGUGUUGUUGCGGACGUUCUGCUCAUAACAAAGGUUCACCGUAUCUACCGUUCGACCGGCGCGUCUCUAGCGAAGGCACAAGCCGAGUUCACAACGGAGAUCCUGCGAAACCAACACAUAUUAACAGAUUUAGUGACACUAUCAGCAUUUAAGACCAUGGCGUGA